AGGAAGGCAGAACUCGGGUCGGCAGAGGAAGUCAAGAAGACGGAGAUGCCAAUGCGCCAGAAGUUGCACUGCAAGUUCCAGGGAUCCAUCAGGAGCAUGCAAUCGUGGAGAACACAAAUGGCGUAGUUUCCCUCAAAGCAACUGAUGCAGAGGCAGCAGCUACGACGUUUGUCAACGGAACCGCUUUGCAAGCAGGUGUUGCAGUCACUCUCACGCAUGGCGACCGUCUUGCCUUUGGACAGUGCAUUUUUGUCUUUGUGGAGCCCAGCAAGGGCAAAGUGGCCGAGCUGAUCAACUCAGGGCAAGUCACCUAUGCAGCCGCUCGCAAGGAACUACAGGGUGAUGUCACAGGACCAUCUGAGGAAGAUCUGAAGGCCAGCAAGCAGUUGGCAGAAGAAUUGGAGCGCAAGGCUCGCGAAGCGGAAGAUGCCAAGGAGAAAGCAAAGGCUGAGGCUGAGGCCCUCAUCAAACAACAGAAAGAGGAGUUCCAACUCCAGAUGGAGCAAAAGCAAAAGCAAUGGGAAGAGGAGAUGCAACAACGACAAGCAGCGGAAGCAAGUGAACAAGCCGCUGCAGCUGAGCAGGCCAGAGUACAGCAGGAAGAGCUUUCUCGGCUCCAAAAAGACUUCGAAGAGCGACAGAAGCAAGCAGAAGAAGCUGCUCAGCACAAGAUUGAGGAGCUUGAGAAAAAGGCCAAGAAGGCUGCAGCAGAAGAAGAAGGUCAUCGUCAGCAUGAGCUGGCAAUGCAGAAGCUGGAGGAGCAACUGAUGACUGUCAUGCCUUUGGUGAAAGAGGCAAACCUCAUCAUCCAGGAGCUUCAAAGGCCUCACCGCUUGGAAACAAAGAUGCACUGUGAGCUCACUGCCGAAGGAAAGAGCGGGGCGGUGAAUGUCGCUGCUGCUGUGAUGCUCAACGGCGUUCGUCUCUUCGAGUGGAACCCGGAAACGCUCGAGAAUCGAGUUUUCAUCCUGCGCGAGCUGCUGCAGCGAGCCGAAGAGGAAGGAUUAGAGGCUGUGCAGGAUUUGCCGAACGAGGAGGAUCCGCUCUGGGAUCCAAUUGAGGUGGAGCGUCUCAUUGGCGUGGCACAAGUCUUGCUUGAAGGGGUGCUUCUUCAAGUGGAGAAUAAAGUGGAUGCCAGGAUCCUCAGCAGCGAAGGCCAAGCAGUGGGCAGCCUGACUGUGGAAAUCGUGCCGAUUGCCAAGGACGGAUCUGAAGGCAUUCCCGAUGAAGAGGUCGUGGAGGAACCCGAGGAGCUCUUAGGUUCAUGCAUGAAGUUUCUGGUGAGAGUGCCACAAGCUGCGGGCUUGCCAGAGGCAUUAGCAAAUGAUGUGCGCGUAGAGUACUCCUACUUCAUCGAUGAAAAGCCUUACCUGAGGUUCGGUCACAACUGCAACCCUGAGUUCAAGUACAGUCAUACUUUCGUUCAGGAUCCAGUGACUUCACGCUUUCUCGAGUACCUGCAAUCCAAGUUGGUCUUUCGCGUGUACGGAAGAGAUGCUGGGGCAGCGGAAGCUGCCGAAGAAUUGGCACGAAAGGAGAAGCCCAAAGAGGCACCGGUUAGCCCUGCCCCUCCGGUGGAGGAGCCAACAAGUACCAAACAAGAAGCACCGGCACCGGUGUCUCCACCAAAUCUUCCUGGUGAAGUGUCUCAAGGAGGCCUUCGAGCCGAAGAUGCACCCGAGUCGCCCAAAGCACCAGAAGUUGUGCAGGGAAAGUCUCAAGCAUCACUUCGCUUGGCAGCAGAAGAGGCAGUGGGCCAUGCGGCCAAUCACCCACCACCACCUCCACCACCAGGCAAGACGAAGUUCUGUGUCAUCCUGUAGCAAAUUGCCUGAUGGAGACUCAACAAUGCUGACAAUAUGCUCAUUCCAUUUCCAAUGCAUUCUUAUCGUUUCACUCGUGUAAGAGGCACGGCUGUGAACGGGACGACUGCCCUUUCGAGCUGUCUUAGGAGUCUCACUGACCCUAGGCGACUCACAACGAGUCGAGUCAGAGCUCGUUCAAAAUAGACAUCUUCCUGAAGCACCCUAGUUCAUCACUUCCAUCACUGGUCCAUUACACCAGUGCCCGAGGCAUCAAACCCUUUCUGCAGCUUCGAUGAUUUCUUGCACAAAAACCAA